CAGGCGCCGAGCUACAGCUGCUAAGAUGACCAAGUUCCUCCUCCUGUUGCUCAAUGUGAGCGCAUUCGGAGUCAUUUAUCUCAGCUCUGCCGUGGAAUUGCCCAGGCUGCUCUACACCCGCAAUGUCGACUGCCAAGUGGGAUUCCUCAACGUUCUGCACAAUCCCGUGCCAAGCGCGGACGGCCGCAGCGUGUACGACCUGUCGCUCUCGUGCUUCGCGAGCUUCUCCAAGCACCCGGACAACGUCUCCGCCAUCUUUGAUGUUGGGCAGAAGUUCCACGACGCUUCCCUCAUGACACCCACGCCGAUCACGACCCACGUGGCUUGGCCCAACGAAGUCGAACAAGUGCCGGAUGGGAUAUUUCCUUCCAAUUAUUACUGGACGUGUUCCGAAGGAUUCAUGGUCGGAGGCAAGGACAACGGAAGGGUUUCACUGUGGGACAUGUCCAGGGGGCCCACAGCCGUGGAUGGUGUUUUGACGCUGACCGUGGACGAGACUGGGAAUAAGUGGUUCUACCACCGCGUGGAAUGGGUCGACAUGGACCACGAUGGCCUGAAGGACGCGCUGACCGCUCGGGCACAGAGCACAGGACCCACUGGAAACGGCCAGCUGAUCUGGUUCAAAAACCCGGGGCUGAUGGGCGGCCAAGUGCAGGAGUUCUGGAAGGAGAACGUCCUUCACGAGGGCCCCGACGUUUAUUUCCGCGCCGUGCAGCUGCCGCUGCCAAACGGCGGCACCAAAAUGGCGAUCGUCAGCACCGUCUUCUGGGGACAGCAGCUCACCGUCACCUGGACGUCCGACCCCAGUGACAACUGGAGUGACUCGUCCAAGACCAUGUCUCGCGUUAUUGACACCGAGGGCUGGUAUUUUGAUCUCAAGUUCGUGGACCUGAACGGAGACGGCCGCAAGGACAUCCUGGCCACCACGUGGUCCCAGCAGGGCAAGGACGGCAAAGUCCUCGCCUACGAGAUCCCCGACGACUUCAUGGAGGGCACCUGGACGAAGCACGUCCUCGCGAGUGGCUACACGGUGCACUCCAUCUUCCCGGGGAACGGAUCUCCCGGAGCGCCAAAGACGUUCUUCCCGAGGGCUGGGAGCUCGCAGAAGAAGCCAACGAUUGUACUCGCCGGAGAUGACGACGGCAAGGCGUACAUUCUGGAGUCCGUGAAUGACAACGAUUCCAACCAGUGGGCUUACAGCAAUCACACACUGUUCGAUGCCGGCGGUAUUGUGGGAGAGAUCGCGGUGGAGGACGUGGACGGAGAUGGAUUCAUGGAGAUAUUCAUCCCCGAGUACAGCAAGCAGCUCAUCGCCGUGUUCUCAUACAAGCCGGUGGAGAAAUGAGCAAUUGCAUUGACCUCUCCUGCUUUAGAAUUGUGUAAUAAACAUACAGUGAUAAGGAAAAUAAACAAAACAGGAAAAUUA